AUAGCAGAUCCUGCAUUAGCUGAAAUGGGAAAAAACUUGAAGGAGGCUAUGAAGAUGCUAGAGGACAGUCAGAGAAGAACAGAGGAGGAAAAUGGAAAAAAACUAUCAGGGGAUAUUCCAGGGCCACUCCAAGGCAGUGGACAAGAUAUGGGGAGCAUCCUCCAGUUAGUUCAGAAUCUGAUGCACGGAGAUGAAGAUGAGGAGCCCCAGAGUGCCCGAAUCCAGAAUAUUGGAGAACAAGGUCAUAUAGCUCUUUUGGGGCAUAGUCUGGGAGCUUAUAUUUCAACUCUGGACAAAGAGAGGCUGAGAAAACUUACAACUAGGAUACUUUCAGACACUACCUUAUGGCUGUGCAGAAUUUUCAGGUAUGAAAAUGGCUGUGCUUAUUUCCAUGAAGAUGAAAGAGAAGGACUUGCAAAGAUCUGUAGACUUGCCAUUCAUUCUCGUUAUGAAGACUUUGUGGUGGAUGGGUUCAAUGUGUUAUAUAACAAGAAACCUGUCGUAUAUCUUAGUGCUGCUGCUAGGCCUGGCCUGGGCCAGUAUCUUUGUAAUCAGCUUGGCUUACCCUUCCCCUGCUUAUCUCGUGUGCCCUGUAACACUAUGUUUGGAUCCCAGCAUCAAAUGGAUGUUGCCCUCCUGGAAAAACUGAUUAAAGAUGAUAUUGAACGAGGAAAACUGCCCCUGUUGCUUGUUGCAAAUGCUGGAACUGCAGCGGUAGGACACACAGAUAAGAUUGGGCGUUUGAAAGAACUCUGUGAGCAGUAUGGCAUAUGGCUUCAUGUGGAGGGUGUGAAUCUGGCAACAUUGGCUCUAGGUUAUGUCUCCUCAUCAGUGCUGGCUGCAACCAAAUGUGAUAGCAUGACAUUGACUCCAGGCCCGUGGCUGGGUUUGCCAGCGGUUCCUGCAGUCACUCUUUAUAAACAUGAUGAUCCUGCCUUGACUUUAGUUGCUGGUCUCACAUCAAAUAAACCAGCGGACAAACUCCGUGCCCUGCCACUGUGGUUGUCUUUACAGUACUUGGGACUUGAUGGGAUUGUGGAGAGGAUUAAGCAUGCCUGCCAACUGAGUCAGCGGUUGCAAGAAAGUUUGAAGAAAGUGAACCACAUCAAAAUUUUGGUGGAAGAUGAACUCAGUUCUCCAGUAGUAGUGUUUAGAUUUUUCCAGGAAUUACCAGGCUCAGAUCCAGUGCUUAAAACUGUCCCAGCACCCAACAUGGCACCUUCAACAGUCGGCCGGGAGGGACACUCCUGUGAUGCACUGAAUCGCUGGCUGGGAGAACAGCUGAAACAGCUGGUGCCUGUGAGUGGCCUCACCGUCAUGGAUCUGGAAGCAGAGGGAGUGUGUGUGAGGUUCAGCCCUUUGAUGACAGCGGCAGUUUUAGGAACUCGGGGAGAGGAUGUGGAUCAGCUCGUAGCCUGCAUAGAAAGUAGGCUGCCGGUCCUGACCUGUACACUACAGCUGCGAGAGGAGUUCAAGCAAGAAGUGACAAGAACAGCAGGCCUCUUACAUGUUGAUGACCCUAACUGGCCUGGAAUAGGGGUUGUCAGGUAUGAACAUGCUAAUGAUGAUAAGAACAGUUUGAAAUUAGAUCCAGAAGGGGAAAAAAUCCAUGCUGGACUCCUGAAAAAGUUAAACGAACUAGAAUCUGACCUUACAUUUAAAAUGGGCCCUGAGUAUAAAAGUAUGAAGAGCUGUAUUUACAUUGGCACGGCGAGUGACGACAUAGAUAUUUCCGAAAUAAUGCCUUUCUUGGUCUUAACACAGCUUCUGGAAAACAUGACAGAAGUGGUUCGGAAAGGAAUUCAGGAAGCUCAGGUUCAACUGCAGAAGGCCAAUGAGGAGCGCCUUCUGGAAGAGGGAGUGUUACGGCAGAUCCCUGUAGUAGGAUCCGUGCUGAAUUGGUUUUCUCCAGUCCAGCCUUCACAGAAGGGAAGAACUUUUAACUUAACAGCAGGCUCUCUGGAGUCCACAGAACACACGUAUGUCUACAAAGUACAAGAUACAGGAGUAACACCGCCUCAGACCCCCACAGGCACUCGAACUAAACUCAGAUUUCCAGGCCAGAAGCCUUUUAAAAAGUCCCUAAGAGGCUCAGAUGCUCUAAGCGAGACAAGCUCAGUCAGUCACAUUGAAGACUUAGAAAAAAUGGAGCACCUGUCCAGUGGGCAGGAACAAGAGGCCCUGGAGGCUAACAGCCCUGAGCAACACCCAGGGGCUCCCGCCCCUCAGGAAGCUGAGCAGACUGGAACCUUCCAGAACAGAGCCCAGGGCUCAGAAGAUGACCGCCCACAGGUAGAAGAACCGGAAAACUUAAGAUAAAAUUCAGUGUUUGGUUUGAGACUGUACUGAAUAUUGUGUCAUGGAAGAUAGUUAUACUGAAAAUGUGAACUGUGCCACAUGCUAAUACAAGAGAAAUUACUGUUAUUUGUGCUUUAACUGGCUUUUUGCACACGUAUGUGCAAAAAAAUCAGGGUAACUGAUUUGUCUAAUGUAAUGGGUACAGAGAACAACUGUUGUUUCUGUCUAUCCAACUGUAGUAAUAAUUUCCCCCCAAGUUACUGUAAACACUUUUUAUUCACAAAGAACACUCAGAAUGUCAAGUGUCUGCCACUUGAAACACAUGCUCUUAUCUUGUAAACAUAAAUUAUUAGUUACACAUAACUUUCUGGUAAGACAGCUUUCUUUAGAACUCUCCGGGUUCUCUGCUGUACCACUGCAGAGGAGAGACAGACAACCUUCCUUUGCCAUCUAUUUUAGUUGGUGUUUAGUUUGAUCAGGUUGCAGUAUACAGCUGGACCGUGUUGGCUUGAAAGAGAAUGGGUUUCAAUGGAAUUGUAAAUAAGAGUGUCAGAAGCCCUCUCUUGCCAUCCCCAACUGCUGCUUUCCCUGGAGACAUAAGUAAGGACUGUGUCCACUCAAGCUGUGGCAGGCCAUCAAGCAAGUUAGACUGGGCAGUGCUUCUGUCUGUGACUUUCCUCUGCCACAAAUCCAUUUCCCCCUUUAUAUACUAUUUCUAAACUAACUAAAUGACUCAUCUAUUAAGAGAAACUGUAAAGACUCUUCUUGACCAUAUAUAUGUAUAUUUUUAAAUAUUGGUAAAGCUUUUAAAUUGGCACAAGAGAACAGACUGUGCACAUUUCUAUGUUUAAUAUCUGAAAACCUAAUAGAUGCUACUCCUAAAAGCCUAAUAUUUAACAUGCUGUGUAGCACCCAGUUAAAUUUAAAUUCUAAAAUAAGUAUACUUUUGACCUGCUUCACAUGGGAGCUUCCAUAGCUUUGUUCCACUAGCAGCUCACCCCUUUAGGCCCAACACACAAAUAAGAAAGAGAAAAGUAAGCUUUCUCAGGCUGACCAAGCCAGACUACUGCUGAAGUAACUGGUUAGCCCUUCCAUGACUGCCCAUGUCUACUUUUCCAGAGGACGGCACCCCUUCACUCACCAUAGGCAAUGGCCCGUGCCUUCCAGUCCAGCAGUCAGGCUUGAGAGACCUUGAGACGGUGGGAAUUUACACUGGGUUUGUGGACUGUAGUAUUGGAAGCCUUAGUUACACCACAGUAAGCCUAUAAUUACACUCUGAUUUGAUGUGAUUUCUGACAUCUGGCAUUUGUCAAAAUGCAAUUUUCCUUUAUCUUUUUUUUGUGUGUGUGCAGAUGAUUAAACAAAGUCUUCCCUGUUUAUUUGGUGCAAUGAAGUAUAGCAGUUAAAAUGGGGGAAGGGGAAAUUAUCACCUUUAACAAGAUUAAUUUUUAAAUGUUUUUAUAUAUAUUUGGAAUUGUUAAAUUGGUUUUGCUGAAACAGAAUUUCACCCUUGAGAUACUAUUUGAAUGUUGGUUUCAAUAAAGGUUCUUGAAAUUGUU